UUUGACAACAAAUGACCGGUUUGUCUUCAGCUGUAGUUCUACGCCUUGCUGUAAACAGAAGGACUUUCAAAAUGGACAGCUGGACCAGAUCUGCUAAGGUUACUUACAGGCGCUGGAGUAAUCCUGAACCAGGAGAUGGGGGAGAAUUUGUGGGUCAAACUGAUGAAGACCAGGCCACAGAUAAUGAGAUCUGCACUAUUGCCUCAGCAAAGGUUCACUCAGGAGGCAGAGAGUCUGCAACCAACUCUGAAAAUAAUAAAACUACAGAAACAUUUACAGUGGACGAUGCUCUGGAAGCGAUUGGAUUUGGAGUCUUUCAGUGGAAAAUCUCGCUCCUUACAGGACUUGCAUGGGUCGGAGAUGCCAUGGAGAUGAUGAUCCUCAGCAUCCUUGGCCCCCAGCUUCACUGUGAGUGGAGGCUUCCCAGCUAUCAAGUGGCGCUCAUAACAUCAGUUGUCUUCAUUGGGAUGGGGCUCAGCUCUCCUGCUUGGGGUAAUGUGGCCGACAAGUACGGAAGAAGAGUGGGCCUGACAGUUUGCAUGUGUUGGACUCUGUACUACGGCAUCCUGAGCGCCUUCAGUCCAGCCUACGGCUGGUUGUUGUUCCUUCGAGGCCUUGUAGGUUUUGGCAUCGGAGGAGCGCCUCAAUCAGUGACUCUGUAUUCAGAAUUCCUUCCAGUUAAAGCGAGGGGCAUCUGCAUCAUGCUCAUUGCCGCUUUCUGGGCCAUUGGCGCUGUGUUUGAGGUGCUGCUUGCCCUGUGGGUAAUGCCCACUCUGGGUUGGAGAUGGCUGCUCGGUCUCUCCGCUAUUCCAAUAGGAAUCUUUGUUUCUUUCUGCUUUUGGCUCCCUGAAAGUCCUCGUUUUGAUGUGCUGUCAGGAAGAAGAGAAAAGGCCAUUGCGACUUUGACUCGCAUCGCUCGAGAGAAUGGUAAAGAAAUGCCUCGGGGAACGCUGGUUGAAUAUAAACAGAGUGAACGGGGACAGUUUAAAGAUCUUUUUUCUCAUCAGUACUGGAAAACAACUCUUCUUCUAUGGUUUAUAUGGUUUUCAAAUGCCUUCUCUUACUAUGGGAUUGUCUUGCUGACCACUGAGCUGUUCCAAGCAGGAGACUCCUGUGGAGUGACACAGGGAGCCAAAAUUGAACCAAGGUGUAGCCUUGAAUGUAAAUAUUUGACAUCCGCUGACUACAAGGAUCUUUUAUGGACAACCUUGGCAGAGUUCCCAGGUCUGUUGGUCAUCCUUUUUGCAGUCGAUUAUCUCGGCAGGAAGAAAAGCAUGGCGAUUUGUUUUUUCAUGUUUUCUUUGUUUAUGCUGCCCUUGUUUGCCUGCACUGGGAGGAUAGCUCUUACAGUCCUCAUCUUUAUUUCCAGAGCUUUCAUCUCAGGAGGAUACCAAGUUGUUUUUGUUUACACACCAGAGGUUUUUCCUACUGAAAUCAGAGCCUUAGGAAUGGGGACUUCCAGUGCGGUUGCAAGGAUUGGCGCUCUUAUUACACCGUUUGUGGCUCAGGUGAUGCUCAGGAAAUCGGUGUAUCUGACUCUUUCGGUUUACUGUGGCUGCAGUCUGCUGGCUGGAAUCGCGUCCUUACUUUUGCCUAUCGAAACUCUGGGCAGGGGUCUACAGGAGUCCGGCAUCGAUCAGGAGGCCGUAGGGCAGACAACCGACAUAACCCAUCAGUCAAAUGGUACAACACACAAUAUCGACCAGAGAUAGGUCAACCAGGAAAAAGAUCAAUGAUGUUUUGUGCCUUCUAAGGAAACAUUUGACUAUAGAGUGAUGGACUGAAAUAUAAGACUGAUAUAGUGCCGAGCUGAAGGAAAAGUUUCAUUACAGGACAGUAAAUAACUAAAAGUCUGGUCUUUGUUUCUAGUGAUGAUAGAGGGAUGUUUGUACUUGAACUGUUUUGUUUAUUAAGACCAAUAGAACCUGUAUGUGCUCUAAGAACAAAUUCAGAAAAAUACAGCAAACAUUUAGAAUCCCAAACUAAAUGUUCCCAUUCCUCCUUCUGUUAUAUUGUUUACCUAAAGUCUUACUGUAAAAAGUAUGUUUGGAUGAAAAACUGUAAGACAUGUUCAAAUGUUUGUUUUUGAUUAACCACAUAUAGGAACAUUUAAACUGUUUUUCUCUACAUGGUGCUGCUAUAUUUCUGA